GGGAGAAUUGGGAGCGAAGUUAACAAUGACGAGCAUGGAGCUGAGGCAAGCUUUGGCUGGACUACUCACUCUCUCAAUGUUCAUAAUGCUGGGAAACAUGGUCAAGAAAGACCAUUUUGAUCCAUACUUCUCUGUUGACGUUGAGGCAACACCAUCAACUUCUGGAACUGUAACAGUCACUGGACAAAGCCUCGCCACUGUUUCACAUCUCAGCAAAGAGACUUCUAAACAAACUGCAGAUUCACUCAAACCAUGCUGGAACCCUCCUAUGCUCAAAGAAUCAGAGCAGUCUAAAGGGUUCAUCACAUUCUCCUUAACAAAUGGGCCUGAGUAUCAUCUCUCACAGAUUGCUGAUGCAGUAGUGGUAGCCAGAUACGUUGGUGCCACUCUUGUGCUUCCUGACAUCAGAAGCAGCAAGCAAGGAUAUAGAAUGAACUUUGGAGAUAUCUAUGAUGUUCAGAAAUUCUUAGACAGCUUGAACGGGAUAGUGAAGGUGACAAGGACUCAGCCUCCGCAAGCAUCAUCCAAUGGAAACCUACCAACUGUGAAGGUGCCAAACAGGGUCACUGAAGACUAUAUUGAGAGGAUAGUGAAGCCAAUCUACCAAGCAAAAGGAACUUUAAGGAUUGAAUCAAACUUUCCCUCUUCAUUAAUAAUCAAUUCAACAAUGGCUCCUUCAGACCAGAAGAAGAAGAAGAACUUGAUGAACCCAGCUGCAUGUAAGGCCAUGUUUGGAUCUCUUCAGCUGCAACAAGAGGUACAGGAAGUUGUGGGCUCCAUGGUUCACAAGCUCAGAACUUGGAGCCAGAACUUGAAUGGGAAGUUCAUAGCAGUGGACUUUAAGAGUGAGAUGUGUGAUGCUCAAAGAGGAAGAAAUAGUUGUUACAAGGCAGAUGAAAUUGGUGUGUUUCUGAAGAAGUUAGGGUUCGGUCAAGAGACUGUGGUUUAUGUGACUCAACUAAGAUGGCAUUCUGAUCUUGAUGCACUUAAAAAUAUCUUCCCAAAGACAUAUACUAAGGAAAGCAUAAUACCAGAAGAGAAGAGAGGAAAAUUUCUCAACUCAGAGAUCAGUGAAUAUGAGAAGGUGAUUGACUUCAACCUAUGCUCUGAGAGUGAUGUGUUUGUGCCUUCACUUCCUGAUCUCUUCUAUACCAAUGUGGUUGCCGUGAGAAUUGCCUCAGGAAAGAAUCAGAUACUUGUGCCUUCAGAUGAAAUAGCAAGUAAUAAUGCAGCAUCAGCUUCUGAUUUCAUCUCUCCUUAUGUUUCCCAGAAGACCCACUUUGCUUACUCAUGCUUUUGCUGAAGAAAUUUGAAAAAAAAAAAAAGAAUAAUUCUUGCAUGAAUAUAAUAAGUACGUUCAAUAUAUGAGAGACUCAAGUUCUGAACAAAGGCAAUCUAGAGUUCUGUGUUAAUUAGGUUUGAUGUUGUGGGCUACGUGUCCCCAAAAAAUUGUAAAUCCUGGUUAUCUCCGUGCGGAAAACCUUGAAAAACUCAUAUUACUUGUCAUUUAUAUGCA